UGAAAGCAAUUCGUGAUGCCCAUGUUCAAUUUUACGUUAGUGAACUAGAGGAAGAAACUGGAACAGUACGAUGGCUACUAGACAAGAUCCCGACGGUCGUUCAAGGUUUGCCAAGCUUGGACUAGCAAUAAAUGAUGAGUUAACACAGGCAUAUAGAGAUAUUCUUGAAAUGGAGGUGUCCCCUGCAUGCGUGUUGAACAGAGUGAAAUCAUCAGGAAUUUUUCAAACCCUCUAUCCUGAUCAGUUACUUCUUCUGGGAAAUGCAAAAAAUGUUGGAUUUAAGGAUUUUGACAUUUCACUUUUAUACAAAUUGCUGAGAAGCAUUUGUACGAGGAUUCAGAAACCAACAAAUGGAUGGGGUGGGAAUACAAUGCCCGCAGAAGGAGAUACUACUGUAGGCGAUGAUAUUGAGAGGAUACGGUUAAUUCGGAACAAUUUAUUUGGGCAUGUGAGUUCAGCCUCGACUUCACUGACAACAUUCAAUAACUACUGGACAAUAAUAUCCGAAGUGUGCCGAAGAUUACAAACUUACACUGCCAAAAAUUACUUGGAUGCACUUAAUAACAUUCAGACACAGUCAAUGGAAGAGUGUGAAGAAGCCAUUAUAGAAAAAAUUAAAGUUGAUUGUGAGAAAGAAAAAUUACUCCUAGAACAAGUUUCUUCUCUGGUGUCAGACAUGCAAGAAAUAAAAGUAGCGUUGUGGUCUGAAAGAAAAGCAUAUUCUAAGCCUGUUGUUUCCAAUGACCCGAAAGUCAGAUCAGAUGAUGCCGAGAACACAGACCGGGAAGAGUCGUCAGCGGUUGUUAAAAGGCUGUUGCAUUCAAAAUACAAAGAGAUAGAACUGCUUGAGAAACAAUUGAGUAAAUACAGAGUACCAAAGAACCUGGUCAUCAUGGGACCGCAAGGUGUGGGGAAAUCUUCCUUUAUCAAUUCUGUUAUUGCAAGUUUUUCGUCCAAUUGCUGGCGAGAGUGGACAAAAGUGGGGGACUUCGAUGAUUGUAGAUAUGGGGAACGAGUUACACGUCAACUUAUUAAGAUAUCUAAGGAUGAUUACCUCGAUUCAGAGAGACAGAAGAAAUUUCACUAUCCAACACUGAUUGAUAUAAAUGGAUUCCAAGAUAUAUUCCUAGAGAAAUUAAUAGUCUUACUUAGAUAUGUCUUAUUUGGUCUGAUUACAGAUAAACACGAACUGUUAGAUGCACUGAAGUUUUAUGGGUAUAAUGACAUCAAACAGGCAAUGACAUAUUUAUCAAAACAGGAAAAAAUGAGGGUGGACGGUCUUACUGUUGUGACUUCGGCCGUCUCUUCUCUGCCUCAUAAUAUCUUAAAUGCAGUUAAGCAGGUGGCAGUAAAAGAGAUGGAAGUUCCGGUGUUUGGAGUGCUAACAGAACUUGACAAAGUAAACGACUGGGAGGCACUUGCAAUAAAGAAGAAGGAAUUCUGCUCCAAACUAGGGCUCCCAGAAACUCGACUGCUUCUAUGUACUAACUACUGCGAUGAUUACGACAAAUGCUCUGGGAAUUCCCGUCUGAAUCAAGUUCAUCCGGAGCUAGAUGUUCCCAUUUUAUCCUUUAUGAGACAGGUUUGUGAUAUUGUAAACAUCCAUACAAAAUUGAAAGUAAUCCAUUCUAGUGAAGUUAUAUUGUGUAGUGCAUUACAAGGACCACGAAUGAGAGCCCAGUUACAAGGUGCUUCUUCCCGAAAUGAACAAGAACUGGUCACUAUGGAAUAUUCAAACUUUGUAUAUAACUCUGGACCUGUCUACAGUGACCUGGCACUCGCCAUGGGUUUGGUUUGUGUUGUGCUUGCGAUCGGUUACUUGGCUCUUACCAAGUGA